UGGCGCAGGGCAGACAGUGGCGGCUCCUGGGAGGGAGAAGGAGGACGAGGAGGAGGAGGAGGAGGAGGAGGAGGAGCAGCAGGGCGGCGAGGAGGUGGCACGCCGCAUCGGCCCUCUUGAAUGCCAACCCGAACAUCCUGAUGUCGCUUCCGUCACUUCUUUUGGCACUCUGGAUGUCCUACACAAGCGUGCACAAAGUCUGCCCGUAACAUGUGGUAUAUCCUACACAGGCCCAACAAGUGCACAGCACACCAAAUGUCCUGCGCAGAGUUCCGCGCACCUGGCAUGGGAACAUACUCAGCGUUUCGAGUUCAUCCCGAUGCUGCGGCACGCAGGCCUAAUUCGCAUUCAAUGCACGUGCUGCACCGCCGCAGGCGGAGACACAGGACAGGGCGUAGCGCUGUACGAGCAUGGACGUGGCCAGAAAAGUCAGGAAGAAACGGAGCAGGAGGAAGACGAGUUCAAAGGAGGAGGAGGAGGAGGAGAACGAGGGGAGGAGGGUUAGUUCCUCUCUGGCUGUGGAUGCCGCGCGCGUUGGCGCCUCGCGUAGACCGCAAAAACGCGGGGCGCCGCUGUGCUGGCGCGGCGGCGGCCGCAGACCCAUCGAAGCCCCGGCGCGUUCGCGAAAAUACGGGGCGUUCGCGGGGCCGCCGGCGGACGCCAAGGGAGCAGCGGCGGGGGAGCGCCGGGGCGGAAGCGUGCCCCACUGCCAGGGGCUUGCCGCCCUCUGCCAGGGUGGGCCUCCUCCUCGUCCUCCUCUUCCUCGUCGACGCGGGACCAGGCUCCCGCCCUAGACCGAGCCGUGCGCAGAUCCCUGCCGCCAGACGAGAUCCCCCGCCACAAACGACGCGCUUCCGCACACAUUCGCGCCCAGGCGCGGAAGCAGCAGCAGAGAGAGGGGGCGAGAAGAGUAGUAGUAGAACAGCAGCAGCAGGAAGAGAAGCAAGGAGGACCUGCGCGAGAAAAAACAUCACGCGCGCGCUGCGAGGCAUACAAUGCCGCCCUCCACCGGCGGUACACCUUCAGUUGAGGCGCCGGUGGGGAGAGAUACAGAAAACGAAUCUGCGGCCGAAGUGCUGGAAGACACCCCCCCGUCGGCGCGAACUCUGGCCGCCCCUCUGGCGGAUGCGCUGCAGCCGCUGCCGCUGUGGGACCAUGCGGACCAUGCACGCCGUCGGCAUGCUUCUCCUGGGCCUCUCC